CAUGCCCAAGCAGACGUUUGUGGGGAAGGAAACGUUUCGUGACGACUCUAAGGACGCUUGCGAAGGAAAUUAGCUAACUGGUAGUUUGGCUGUAAAGAUCGAGUUCAAGAGGCGGACCACAUCUUGUGUUUUCUGUACACUCCCGAUUAAUUUCUGACUGGUUGAUCGUGACAGUGAUGAACAACAGGAAAGCUUAUGAUAAUUAGGGGGCGUUCAGUCAAAUACACGGGGUUUCGUUGCAGGCCCUGGAAGAUCAAGGAUUCGUAUGUUUCAAUUCAAGAAACGUUGUCCUCGACCUACGACCUACGUCAAACCUACGCGAUUGGACCGAAAGGAAUAUGGGGCAGCUUCAGUCAUGGCCGAGAAAGGUAAGACUGGUUACGUAGGAAGGCUGAAAGACGAUGUCAAGAAACUGGAAAGAAUAAAAACUGAAUUAGAAGAAAAGGUGAGAAAAUUAGAAGAAAAACUGAAAGACCAUGAUGAGAAUUGCCAAACGAAAAUCCAUGAUCUGGAAGAAGAAAUACGAAGGCUUAAAGAAGAAAUAAAAAGACUUGUUGAAGAAAUAGAAAAGAUGGAGAUGAAAAUGAAAAUGAGAGACUUAGAAGAGAGCAACACAUUCCUUGAAGAGGAAGUCAAUGAAGCCAAGACGGAAAUCGGAGAGUUGAAGACAAAGUUUGGAGACUUACAUGAAAAAAUAAAGAAGUUUGAGCUAUCUGAAGAUGAGUUGGUUAUUCGGCAACUCUGCUCAAGCGUUCAGGAAAAUCUCUCGAGGAUUGUGCUGCGAGAAAAUUUCAACGAAAUUCAGAACAAAAGGACUCGGUAUAUGGAAGAAUACAUUUCAUCGCAAAUUGAAGGCAAAAAAGAACAAAAUGAAGCAAGGUCAAGAUGGAAAAAGUUAAAGAAAGAAAUCAAAUGGGACGAAUAUUUGUUAAUACAGCUAAAAUCUGUAAAAAAGAGAGGGAACGAUACUUCUCAUCCAUCCUUGACAGAAAAGAACAUAGAUGAUGCGAAAAUGAACUUGGAAGAAAAGGGGAAGUUAGGAAAACAUAACGUCAAGGCAGUAGAUCAGCUUAAAGUUAUAUGGACACAAACAAACGGCAAGCUACUGCAAGGAACAAGCUCCGUGGGCCAAGAACAAGGCGGUCCAAGGACUGUGUCCGCUACCACAAGACAGAACUGUCAAGAUAUAAGGCCUCCCAAUGGUACCUAUGCAAGCAAGGCUGCUGGAGGACCGGGAGAUUGUUUCGGUCCCAAACAAGUAAUGCAAUCUUUUUCACGGCCUGCCUUUCAAAAAAGACACUAUAGUGGGGCUAGUUAAGAUAAUUUUUUACCUUAACAAAGCUAUUUCUGAAAUGAUAUUCUUUCGAUUGAAACUCUUCGCACCACAACUAAGUUUUACUUCCGAAUUAAGUCAUGUAAAAUUAUCAAUCAUGAUUAAGGUUGACCCUAAACUAUCUGCAACUAGUUUAAAACACUACAAUAAGCUAUCACAAAUUCUGCGCUCUGAUUAGCUGAGCUUGUUUAUUGGCGAUAGGGCCACUAGUAACGAAAAGAGGUGGUUUCAAAACCAGAACAAUGGAGUCUAAUUCGAUUUUUUAACCCUUUUUUACUCCAUUUAUUUCACCGUUCAGUAGGUUUAGACUAAAACCUAACUAACGAUUAGACCUAUUGCCUAUUGCCUAUGACUAAAACAUAACUUCUUCGCCUUGACUUAAUUGUCAAUGACAAUGUAUGGCACUCCCGUCUGAUAUCCAGACGUUAAACUAGACAGAGGGGCACAAUUUAUAAUGUAACCUUCUCUAAAUAUAUUCAUCAAUUAUAUUUUCGAUUUUAAUUUACAUGUUAUACAUGUUUUUAUCGUACGCACAAAAAGAACUAUCACAUAAAGGUGCUUAGCUAUAGCUGGCCUACACCUACAUUGUAUAUUAGCUAGUGAAAAACAACAAGCAAGGGACUGCUUCUAGUUUAAAUAUCAAAUAAUUAGAGUAUUGUAGAAAGUAAAUUACCGAAUUAAAUGAAAGACCAGGUUCAAACAAACUUAUUGACUAAGUUUCAGGACGUUUGUUCAUAUACUAACAAUAUUAUGAGCAUAAAAGUACUGCCAAAAUUACAUAGAGAUAUAGUGUCCAAACACAUGCAUUAUAUAUCUUUUUUGAUAUCGCAAUUUUGUUAUUGGAAUUUGUCCAAUCUUGAUUAAACUCUCAAGUCAAGCUAAUUCCAAUGUCAUCUUUAUUCAGGCGGGGAAUUUGGGAAACAAAAAUCCAGUCAAUUAAUAGUAUUUUUAGUUACGUGUACCAUAUUUUUAUGUAACGGCCUUGGAAGUUUGAAUUAGAUAAUUAAAAGAUCAAGAUUGGGUGUACAGAAUGUAAUCACAAUCACUGAAAUAAAAUU